CGCUCAUUAUAUGGGACUCUAAUUGUGGCCAAAAUGGUUUGUGUAAUCAAUGAAAAUAACGUAACGAUAUUUAUGAACGCGUGGAUAGACUCACAGCAAAAAUGCAUAACAAAACAAACACCAGUUUUUGAUGAAUCAGUGAUUUUUACAAACGAUUUACAGAAAAACUUAAUUACAAUUAAAAACUAAAUCAAAACAACAAAUCUAUACAUAAAUCUCAAUCACAACUCUCUGUAAGACAACAACACAUCCAAUGGGUCAGCAACACUCGGGCGGUUCGGGCGGCGGAGGCGGCGAUAAGGACAAGAAGGGCCAGAAGAAGGAGCGGUCGGCGCCGCCACCGAUGCCCACAAUCAGAGGCCGGCGGCGUAAGGGAGGCAAAGGGCCGGACAGCGCGUCCAAACUGCCGGCCGUGACUCCGCACUCGCGGUGCCGAUUGAAACUGUUGAAGUUGGAGCGCAUUCAGGACUGGCUGCUCAUGGAGGAGGAGUUCCUCAAGAACUGCAACGCAGCCAUCAGUGCGAAGGCCGCCGAGAAGGACGAGAGCGUCGACGAAGAGCGCAAUAAAGUUGAUGACCUCAGAGGAACACCGAUGUCUGUGGGAAAUCUGGAAGAGAUUAUCGACGAUAAUCACGCGAUUGUGUCCACUUCUGUCGGGUCUGAGCACUACGUGUCGAUCCUGUCGUUCGUGGAUAAGGAGCAGUUGGAGCCCAACUGUUGCGUUCUCCUCAACCAUAAGGUGCACGCAGUGGUGGGUGUCCUCAGCGACGACGUCGACCCUAUGGUGAAUGUGAUGAAACUGGAGAAAGCGCCUCAAGAGACCUACGCCGACAUCGGCGGACUCGACCAACAGAUCCAAGAGAUCAAAGAGUCCGUAGAGUUGCCGCUAACCCAUCCCGAGUACUACGAAGAGAUGGGCAUUAAACCGCCCAAAGGUGUCAUACUGUACGGCCCGCCCGGCACUGGGAAGACACUGUUGGCCAAAGCGGUGGCCAAUCAGACGUCGGCCACUUUCCUGCGUGUGGUCGGCUCCGAACUGAUCCAGAAAUACUUAGGCGACGGACCGAAAUUGGUUCGCGAGCUGUUCCGCGUGGCCGAAGAGCACGCGCCCGCCAUUGUCUUCAUCGACGAGAUCGACGCCGUCGGCACCAAAAGAUACGACUCGAACUCUGGCGGCGAGCGUGAGAUCCAGCGGACAAUGUUGGAGCUGUUGAACCAAUUGGACGGCUUCGACGGCAGGGGCGACGUGAAGGUGAUUAUGGCGACCAAUCGGAUCGAGACGCUGGACCCGGCGCUGAUCAGACCGGGCCGUAUCGACCGUAAGAUCGAGUUCCCGCUGCCCGACGAGAAGACCAAACGCCGUAUAUUCAACAUUCAUACGCAACGCAUGACUCUCGCCGAAGACGUCAACUUCGAUGAGUUGGUGUUGGCUAAGGACGACCUGAGCGGCGCCGACAUCAAAGCCGUGUGCACUGAGGCCGGCCUUAUGGCCCUUCGCGAGCGCCGCAUGAAAGUGACGGCCGAAGACUUUAGGAAAUCCAAGGAUAAUGUCCUCUACAGGAAGAAAGAGGGAACGCCUGAAGGACUAUAUUUAUAGACACAAGCGUUUUGUGUGUAGUAUUUGUCUCAUUAUAUAUUUCUCUGUCAAUCAUUGGUUUUUAUUUUUAACUCGAUUUUAAUUAAAUUAAAUUAAUAAUAAAAUUGAUUACAAAUAA